UGAAGAGUUUGAGUAUCUUAGGCAUCUCAUAGAAGAAAAGUGUACUGAAUGAACUGAUGAAUGAUAGGUUGAGGUAUUUGCAUACUUACAACGAGGACCUACAUCUAUGUGGUGUGCCUAUUUCAGUCAAAUGUCGCCUUGCGAGGUAUUUGCAUAGGGCUGCAGCUGAACCUUGUGGAUCAAGGGCUCUGUGCAGCGUGGCCACAGCCAAUGCUCCGCGCAGCUGCACCAAGCGUGCCUCGGCAAUUCAGCAUGCCCGCGGCUGCACCAAGCCUGCCUUGGCAAUUCAGCAUGCCCGCGGCUGCACCGAGCCUGCCACGUGGCUGUACUACUACAGCACUCUCGCCUGCAUUCUGUGGCUGCCUACUUCAGUCAAAUGUUGCCUUGCCAGCUGAUUCUAUUACAUUAUUCGUUGCAGUGGAGGCAGAACAAUUCAGACUUUGAGCUGAGGUAGUCUUAAACUUGGACUGCACUUGUGCAAUGUAGCCUUCUUCUUCUUCUUCUUCCUCCUCCGCAGUCAGGAAGCACUGCAUUAUAUGCGAGCCAUUCAUAGUAUCUACCACCGUAUGACAUAUGCACAUUAAAGCACGCUCGUUUGGGAUCGGAGGUCAAAGAUUCACAGGAAGACGCUACCAGGAAAUGUGUCAGCUCUCUUUGUCACAGCCCUCCUGCCUUAGCUGUUCUCGACUCAACGUGGAGACUUGCACCGGUUCUGAACCAGCGAUGCAAAGGACAAGCAUGACAGCCGGACGCCGGCACCAAAAUCCAUCCCACAUCGACAGGAAGACUCAUCGAUCCGAUUCAUCCGAAGCUCGAAUCAUCAGGACAACGUCUUCGAUAAGCAUGUCGGUUAAGGUUGCAGAAAAACUAGCCAUUAGGCCAACUGUUUCGCCCCUUGUAAUCCUGCAUGCAAAGCGUGUGUCCUGUCAUAUUACCUUUCCUCUUCCUCCUCUCGCUCAUUAAGCAGCACCGCUCACUGUCCUCGCCUUAUAUAACUACCCCCGACCUGCACCGCCCACUCCUCACCACGGUGGUAGAACGUCAAAGCUGCUGCUAUCAUGAGGAACCCCGUGCUGGUGGAAGGCGCCGGGGAUGGGGCGGCGGUGGGGGAGAGGCUAUUGGUGCUGUGGCGGCGGAUCAGGACGCCCAUGGUGGUGCCGCUGCUGUGGGCUCUCAUGUACGCGUGCGCCUUCAUGUCGGUGAUGCUGUUCGCGGAGAGGGUGUACAUGGCGAUCGUCAUCGUCCUCGUGAAGCUCCUCCGGAUCAAGCGGUACACCAAGUACAAGCUCGAUUCCAUGAGGCAGGAGAUGGAGGCGGCGGAGUCCCACCCCAUGGUGCUCGUCCAAAUACCCAUGUUCAACGAGAAAGAGGUUUACCGCUUAUCGAUCGGGGCAGCCUGCGCCAUGUCAUGGCCGUCUAACAAGAUGAUAGUUCAAGUUCUCGAUGACUCCACUGAUCCCGUCAUCAAGGUGAUGAUACCUGCACCCGCAACAGAGAAAGAACCACCGUGGCAACGACAUGCAAUGGAUGAUGCUUUGCUCACCUGCGAUGCUUGCUUUUGGUUGCCGUGGUCGUCGCAGGAGAUGGUGGAAUACGAGUGCCAGUCGUGGGCGAGCAAGGGAGUCAACGUGGAGUACGAGUUCAGGAACAGCCGAAGCGGCUACAAGGCGGGCGCCCUUCGCGAAGGCCUCGAGAAGAGCUACGCCAAAGACUGCGACUUCGUCGCCAUCUUUGAUGCCGACUUCCAACCCGACCCCGACUACCUGUGGAGGACCAUCCCUUUCCUUCUCACUAACCCUGAGCUCGCUCUGGUGCAAGCUCGAUGGAAGUUCGUGAAUGCUGACGAAUGCCUCCUGACCCGCCUCCAAGAGAUGUCUCUGGAUUACCACUUCAGCGUGGAGCAGGAAGUAGGGUCUUCCACGUACUCCUUCUUCGGGUUCAACGGCACUGCGGGGGUGUGGAGGAUGGAAGCCCUCGUCGACGCCGGAGGGUGGAAGGACCGGACCACCGUGGAAGACAUGGAUCUUGCAGUCAGGGCUUCCCUCAGAGGGUGGAAGUUCGUGUUCGUCGGCGACCUGGCAUGCUUGCAGGUGAAGAACGAGCUACCCAGCACGUUCAAGGCGUACCGCUUUCAGCAGCACCGGUGGUCUUGUGGCCCGGCAAACUUGUUCCGGAAGAUGCUGAAAGAGAUCCUAUGCUGCAAGGUACCCUCGAAACCCUCCUCCUUUGGAGAUCUCCCCCGAAGCUCCUACUGUAGCAAGCGAUGUAGUUUCCUGCAGAGAGUGUCCGCUUGGAAGAAGUUCCAUGUCAUCUACGACUUCUUCUUCGUGAGGAAGAUUGUCGCCCACUUUGUGACCUUCUUCUUCUACUGCGUGAUCAUCCCGGCGUGCGUCCUGCUCCCGGACGUCCAUCUUCCCAAGUUCAUCGCCGUCUACAUCCCCUCCGCCACCACCGUCCUCAACGCCAUCUGCACGCCCAGGUCCUUCCACCUGAUCAUCUUCUGGAUCCUGUUCGAGAACGUCAUGGCGAUGCACCGAGCCAAGGCAACCAUAAUAGGGCUUCUGGAGGCGAACCGCGUCUACGAGUGGAUCGUCACCGCCAAGCUGGGGAACGCUUCCAGGAACAAGAACAGCUCCAGGUCGCACAGGAGAUCUCGAUGCCGCAUCGUGGAAAGAAUCCACCUGAUGGAGGUCCUCAUGGGACUCUUCCUCUUGUACUGCACCAUCUACGACAUCAUGUUCGGCCGCGACCUCUUCUACGUCUACUUGUUCGCCCAAUCCAUGGCGUUCUUCGUCGUCGGCUUCGGUUACGUGGGCGUAUACGUUUCCAACUGAGGAGGAAAGGGGGAGACGGCCGAGGCCUUCAGAUUCAAUUUGCCGAACACCCCAAGUGCACAGAACUAACAUACUGCUCCCACUGCUCCCAUCUCCUGAGACACGGGAAAUCCAAUGUUGGAUGUAGGGUUUGUGACAGGGUUAGUAGGGUCGUACCAUUGACCCCACUCUAUAUAUGUUUUAAGCUUUACUUAAAUGCAAGAAAGAUGCAGUAGCAAUACAAAAGAGUGUUGGAGUAAUAAUAAUAAUAAUAAUAAUAAUAACUCUGAUGUCAUUUUAAGAAGAAGAAAGAUAUCAUAUCAGUUGCUUA